UGCCGCAAUAACAUCCCACAUUGUAUCGGCUUGCAGCAGUACAAAAAUUUUUGGUGCGCUGCUAGCCUCGAUUGGAAAUUUGCAUUUCUAUACCACAUACUGCAUUACCAGUAAACUAAAAAUGACGGUCGGAGUUGGAAUCGAUCUAGGCACCACCCGGUGCUGCGUCUACGUGAGAAAGCAUGGCUGCAAACCAGAAGUGGUACUCAACGCCGACGGGGAGCCAAUCACCCCUAGUUGGAUCCGCUACGAACAAGGUGACAAUGAAGUGGGAAAAUUUGCCAAAGAGCAGAGCCCUGAGCACCCCACCAAUACUGUGCAUAGCGCGAAACGGAUAAUUGGGCGGAAUUUUGCCGAGGAAGCCGUGCGGACCGAGAAGGAUCGUAUGCCUUUCAAGAUUAUCAACGAAAAUGGCUCACCGGUAGUGCAGGUAGAACAACUUAGUGAGUCCAAUGAGAUUAUAUGGAGGAAGACCUUCCGUCCGGAACAAAUCAGCGGCACAAUACUUGCGUACCUUAAAACAACCGCCGAGCACUUCCUGGCUACCGAUGUGUCCCAAGCGGUUGUCACGGUUCCGGCUAACUUUACGGAACCUCAACGCGCAGCCACCCUAAGCGCCGCUUAUUUGGCUGGUUUCAGCGAUGUAACUCUACUCAAUGAGCCGACGGCCGCGGCUAUCGCAUACGGGGAUGCGCUCGACCAACAAUCAACUAUUCUUGUGUUUGAUUUUGGUGGUGGCACCCUGGAUAUUACGAUAAUGCGAGUAGAGGCCCGCGGGGAAUACCGAGUCAUCACCACCGACGGCGACAUGCAUUUGGGUGGGGAGGAUUUUGAUGAGGCAAUUGUCAACUAUUUUUUGAGAGAUAUUGAGCAAAAGCAUGGUGUCAACCUGACUGAGAGCGCGAAAGCUCGUGCCGCUCUAAAGAUCAUUGCGGAGGACGCUAAAAUCGCUCUGUCCAGCUCAAAGACCCCCAAAUACCGAAAAUUUGCUCAUGGUCUUCUGGGUCACGUCAAGUACGAGGCAGUAUUAUUGCGAGAGACCUUCAAUGCAAUGUUUAGCGAUAUGCAAGAGAAAAUCUUGGCACCUGUAAACCGCGCUCUGACAGCGGCAAAGAUAUUAGCGCCCGAUAUUGACAAAGUGGUACUGGUAGGCGGGAGCUCCAAGUUACCAGCCGUUAAGGAAAUGUUAAAAAGAUUCUUCGGUAAGAACGAUGCGAUCUGUGCGGACACUAAUCCCGACGAAAUCGUUGCCCGGGGCGCGGCCAUACAGUCCUACCGCAUCAACGGUGGCCAAAUUAGUAAUAUACAAGAGGUUACGGCAUAUUACUACGGACUGGAAGUAGUGGACGAUACGCAAAAUAAGGAUUACGUGAGCCGGCUAAUUUCCAGAGGGGAUCCGUAUCCGUGUAGGGUAACGCGCAGUUUUGGUACGUGUGACAACAAACAGAGUGAGGCUACAUUUGUUAUUCAUCAAAGUAGAAACGGAUUUGAUGUCGAUCAGUUCCGUAUUGGUGAAUUCACCAUCGACGGUCUGCCGCCACGGCCAGCGGGAGAAUGCGAAUUUUACGUCACUUUUUAUACUGAUGCAAGUAAUAUCCUCCACGCUACUGCGAAAGGCAAAGGCGACAUUGCGAAUUACGAAAAAAACAUAAAAAUCAUUUUAGAUAACGCCUGAUAAUCUAAGCUCCAUCGUUUAUGGUCUACAAGGCGGCUAAUUGGUCAUAAUUUUGCUCAAGAACUGCGCCGAUUUGUUAAUGGGAAACGGUAUAAGGUGGUUAAUAAAUUCAGACUUAGUUUA